AUUUUAUUAUACUACUAUAUUGUCAUUUGAUAAUUAAUUUUAUAAUAUAUACUUGAAAACACACUAAUUUAUACAAUUUUUAACAUAAUAAUGAUUAAAUAGAAUGCAUAAUAGUGCAUUAGAGUUUUUGAAAUUGGCGCUACUUUUAUAUAGUUGACGUACUCACCGCAGAAGGGCGCGCAUAACGUAUUAUUAUCUUCUACAUAAAUAUUUGUUUGUUUACAUUAGAAUUCAUAUAGUUGAGAGUAUUUUUAAGAAUUUUUCAAUUGAUAUAUAUAUUUAUAUAUGUAAUUAAAUUUCAAAUAAUAUUAAUAAUGUCGAAAGAAUUAGUGAACAUCGAUGGAAAUGUUAAAAAAGUUCAGAAGGAAAACCUAACCCCAUACAAAGUUGCUAUUGUUAUGUUGAUAAAAGAAUAUUGCAAUGAAAGUCGUAAAGCUAUUGUGGUAAGACGUGAUUUUUGUUUAGCAGCAGUCAAGUUAAUUCAGUCACCCGAUAUGGAAUUGUAUACCUUGUUACAUAUGUUAUACAGUAGCGAAUAUAUUUAUUCUUAUGGACACGAGUUAGAACUUCAAUUAAAUACAUUGUUAGAGAAGGGUAUUGAAGGAUUGUUAGAUUUAUUCGAUAAUCUUGGUAGAUUAAUGAAAUCUACGUUAGAUCAUGCCAUUACUGUACCAUUAUUAAAUAAAAAUUCCGUUCUUGGAUUAUACGUAAGAAGAAUAAUAAUAUUUUUUGAAAAAUUACCCUUCGAUCAAUCCAUUUUGUUAUAUGAAGAUCUUAAGAAUUAUGUUAAGAAAAAAUCGAAAAGUCCUGAAACAACCGAUAUAUCAUCUUGUUUAAAAUUUGACGAACCUUACAUUUACAAUAAUAAAAGUACAACCGUAUGGAGUGGAAGACAAGCAGAAUUAUUAGUCGCUCAACAAGCGCAUGCAUUAAAAAUGGAUGAACACAAGGCCAUGUCACCGGUUGAUUUACAAAUUCUUAUAAAGAAACUUCUUCGUUCUAGUCCUUAUUAUGCAGAAGCACAUUAUCUGAGCUAUUUGAAUUGUUUACGGAUAAACGAAUACUGUAGCGCAAUAGAUAGUCUUUAUCAUUGUUUCGACAGAUUAGCACCAUCCGAAAAUCGUUCAACGCCUGAAGACAAAUCGAGAAUGUUGAGAUAUGCAGCAUUAAAUCUUGCAGUACUUCAUGCUCAUUUUAAUCAUAAAAAAGUAGCAGAGGAAGCUUUGAAAGAAGCUAUUAUGAUGGCACAAGAAGCAGGGGAUAAUGUUUGUUUGCAACUAGCUCAUGCUUGGAUGUAUUACCUCACUAGCAAUAAAAAAGGUCCUUUGAUAGAAAGAUCUCUUGGAAAAGCUAGUAUGUUAGGAAUUACAUAUACCACGGGUUUAGGAUUGAUUGCACUUUCUCAUUAUUCCGCUUUAGAAGCUAAACCUCCUUCGCAAAUUUUUGAGACGUUAAUGAAAUCAGACGUGUUGAAUUGUCAACAUUCAAUGAUAGAUCUAAUGUCGUUGACUUAUUCUGAAAAAUCAGCGCUAUGGGCAUAUUAUGGAAAGAUGGAAUUAUCUUCAGUUUGUUCUCAACUUCUUCUUUUGCAUAAUUCAGGAAGUAAAAAGCAAAAUGUAUUCAAUGGAACUUCAACUUGUCAAGCGGUUGUAAACGUUGCUAAUAUUUUAGUAGAAUUUGGUGAAUACAAUCUCGUUGAUAUUGUAUUAGCUCAUGCUAAAGAAAGAUUUCCCAAUCAUCCGUCUAACAAGACGUGGAUGUUGUGCGAACAAUUAUAUGAAUUUACAAAAAUGAUGAGACGCGAAAGGUGGAGCGAAGCAGAUGCAAUAGCUACUCGCAUAUCUAGUUUAGAUCCAUUGGAAUCUAAGUUUAGGCAAGCAGAAGUUUCUUUAGCCAAAGGAGAUUAUCCAAAUACUUUGCAAUUAAUCGACAGUAUAGAAAAGGUUUCUGAUAUAACAGCAGAAAAUCGAGUACGCGCUAUGAUACUUUUGAGUCAAAUAAUGUGCGCAUCUUUCUUGUCGGGAAAUGAAACAGUAGGACUCAAUUCGUUAGUGAUUCUUAACAAAGCAUUGGAAUUAGCUACCCAUAAUCAUUUGUCCUAUUAUGAAGCUCUUAUCAAAAUGCAUCUGGCGAAUGUUCAAUUACUUAUGGGACUACCUUCGUUGGCAAUGAACUUGGUUGAUGAAGCUAUCACUCAUACGUUAGCUCAUGGCGGAUGUUACGAACAAGGGAGAGCACUUAUUUUGUAUGCUAAAUGUUUAGUCAGUACUGCUACCUCAAAUUCGACUAAAUUACGAAAGGAAAUAAUCUUAAAUGCUAUCAAAGCGUUGUCUAAAGCAAAAGAUCAUUUUAAUAAAGUUGAAGCUUUUGGUAAAAUACGCAGUGUAUUGAGUUUACAAAGUAUAAUGUACAAUGAGAUAGAUAUGAAAUUUGAACGGAAUCAGUGUUCAUUAGAAUUACGACGAUUUGAGGAACAAUUUCCAACAAAAUUGGACAAUAUUUGUUUAUAUUAAAACAAAAUAGAUGUUAUCGUUUUUUUUUAAAUUGUUGUU